CAGGACAAGGCUUCCACAACAAACAUCACUGUUGAAUUUCGGAUGUUUUUGAAAUAGGAAAAAUGUAAUUGCGGAACUAUAGUAAUAAUUUAAAACACAAUAUUUGCACAUACACAUUGAAGCUUCCCCACUGGACUCUGAACACUUCAUCAAUGGCGGAACUAGACGAGGGAAGAAGACCGAGUGAGGAAUCCACAGAGGAGUCCGAGGAGGAGGACAGUGAAGAGGAGCCCAAGCUGAAGUAUGAGAGACUCUCCAAUGGGGUGACAGAAAUCCUCCAGAAGGAUGCAGCCAGCUGUAUGACCGUCCACGACAAGUUUCUUGCCCUGGGUACUCACUUUGGGAAGGUGUUCCUGCUGGACAUCCAAGGAAAUGUGACUCAGAAGUUUGAAAUUAGUUCAGUGAAGAUCAACCAGAUCAGUCUGGAUGAAAGUGGAGAGCAUGUGGGCAUCUGCUCCGAGGAUGGGAAGGUUCAAGUGUUUGGCCUCUAUACAAGGGAGGGCUUUCAUGAGAACUUCGACUGUCCCAUUAAAGUGGUUGCUUUACACCCUCAGUUUACAAGAUCAAACUACAAACAGUUUGUGACUGGCGGGAACAAGCUGCUUCUUUACGAGAGGAACUGGUUGAAUCGCUGGAAGAUGUCUGUUCUACAUGAGGGCGAGGGCACCAUCUCGAACAUCCAGUGGAGAGCUAAUCUCAUCGCCUGGGCCAACAACGUGGGAGUUAAAAUCUAUGAUUUCAGUACAAAACAGCGCAUCACAAAUGUGCUGCGAGAUAAUGUCAGUCUGAGGCCUGACAUGUACCCGUGUAGCCUGUGUUGGAAAGACAACACCACCCUCAUUGUUGGGUGGGGUACUUCCAUUAAGAUUUGUGUCGUCAAAGAGCGAAAUGCCACGGAAAUGAGAGACCUGCCAAGCCGUUAUGUGGAAAUCGUGUCAGCGUUUGAGACUGAGUUUUACAUCAGUGGCCUGGCACCACUGGCAGAUCAACUGGUCACCCUGUACUUUGUGAAGGAUCACAUGGAUGAGGCCUUUCGUGCUCGGCCUCGUCUUGACAUCAUCCAGCCACUCCCUGAGAGCUGUGAGGAAAUCUCCUCAGACGCCUUGACUGUGCGUAAAUACCAAGACAAUGAGUGCAGAGACUACCGCCUGGAGCAUUCAGAGGGCGAAUCGCUCUUCUACAUCAUCAGUCCCAAAGACAUCGUUGUGGCCAAAGAGCGAGACCAGGAUGACCACAUCGACUGGCUGCUUGAAAAGGAGAAAUAUGAGGAGGCACUGAUGGCUGCAGAGAUCAGCUUCAAAAACAUCAAGCGACAUGAUGUGCAGAAAAUUGGGAUGGACUACAUCAAUCACUUAGUGAAGAAAGGAGAGUACGACAUGGCUGCGAGGAAGUGUCAGAAGGUUCUUGGGAAAAACAUGGAACUAUGGGAAAAUGAAGUCUACAGGUUCAAGACCAUUGGGCAGUUGAAAGCCAUCAGUCAGUAUUUGCCCCGAGGAGAUCUGCGUCUCAGACCUGCCAUUUAUGAAAUGAUUUUGCAUGACUUCCUCAAAACUGAUUAUGAGGGUUUUGCCACAUUGAUCCGAGAAUGGCCCGGAGAACUUUACAACAACAUGGCUAUUGUUCAGGCCGUGAACGAUCACCUGAAGAAAGACCCCACGAACAGCACCUUGCUCACUACACUGGCUGAGCUGUACACCUAUGACCAGCGCUAUGACAGAGCCUUAGAAAUCUACCUGAGACUGAGACACAAAGAUGUUUACCAACUGAUCCACAAACACAAUCUCUUCUCAUCCAUUGAAGACAAGAUCGUCCUCCUCAUGGACUUUGACAAAGAAAAAGCUGUUGACAUGCUUCUUGACAAUGAAGACAAAAUAUCAACUGAUAAAGUGGUGGAGGAACUAGCAGACAGGCCUGAACUUCUGCAUGUGUACCUCCAUAAACUAUUCAAGCGGGACCACCACAAGGGCCAAAAGUACCAUGAGAGGCAGAUCGGCCUUUAUGCAGAAUAUGACCGACCAAAUCUAUUACCUUUUCUGAGAGACAGCACUCACUGCCCUCUUGAAAAGGCUCUUGAGAUUUGUCAGCAGAGGAACUUUGUGGAGGAGACUGUCUUCCUGCUUAGCAGGAUGGGUAACUGCAGACGUGCACUGCAGAUGAUCAUGGAGGAGUUGGAAGACGUGGGCAAAGCCAUAGAGUUUGCUAAAGAGCAGGACGAUGCAGAGCUGUGGGAGGAUCUCAUCUCUUACUCUAUUGAUAAGCCACCGUUCAUCACUGGCCUCCUUAAUAACAUUGGUACGCACGUUGAUCCCAUCCUGCUCAUCAAUCGCAUAAAGGAGGGGAUGGAGAUCCCAAACUUAAGAGAUUCCCUAGUAAAAAUCCUUCAGGACUACAAUCUACAGAUCCUAUUGAGGGAAGGCUGUAAGAAGAUCCUUGUGGCCGACUCACUUUCGUUGCUACAGAAAAUGCACAGAACACAGAUGAGAGGAGUUAGGGUUGAUGAGGAGAACAUUUGUGAAUCUUGUCAUGCUACAAUCUUACCUUCAGACAUGGCCAAAACCUUCAGCGUUGUAGUGUUUCACUGCAGACACAUGUUUCAUAAAGAAUGUUUGCCAUCUCCAGGGACAUUUCCUGGAAUGCAGUUUUGUAACAUCUGCAGUGCGAAGAGGCGCGGGCCAGGAAGUGGAAUACUUGAGAUGAAAAAAUAACAAGAAUUCAUGUGUUUACAAGCUAUUAUUGAUGCUUUUAUCCCCCCCUGUUGCUUUUACUUUUACGCGAGCUGCACUGAUCAAUAAAAAUCACUUUCCCUCAGUCACUGAAAUGUACACUUGCAAAAAUGCUAAAUAUAUAUAUUGGAUUGUCUGUAUAUUUAAAUCUAACAGCUGUAAAGUGCUGCGCUUGUGUUUGUUACUAAUGUGAUUUGGUGUCUAAAAAUUAAAAUCUCUUUGAAACUGUG